CUCUCCUGUUUACAAGACUAAAUUCCAGAUACUCAUAAACAAAUGUUUCUACAUCCUAUGCCCGGAUGUAUUUUUCUGAGUAACUAAAACCAGUUACUCCCUACACUCACUUAUACUCACCAAGACCCCUUGGAUUUUCCCGGUGGUAUUCUUGUGUAAAAUUCCUACCAUUUUCUCUCUCUACCUUGGUGGUGUGUUAACUCCCGAACGCGAGAAUGGUGCAAACAAGGAGCAACGUCCCUACCACCAGUCACGUCGGUGGCGAAGAGAACGCGCCGGGCAGCGGCAACGGCACGGGAGGCAUCGGCUCAACCCCGGAUGCGGUCCAGGCGCUAUUCGGCCUGGGGGUGACCACGGAGCAGCUUCAGGCGGCCGUUGCGGCACUUUCCGCCAUGGGUGGAAAUGUGCCCAGCGCCGGAGCAGGGAAAGCUCCGCCCGGACCCCACGCCGAGCACGCUGCCACUUCACAGCACAAGGGGAAGAAGACCAGGAGGAGUAGAAGGAGGCCCUGCAAGGCCCCGGCGAUCGAGGAAGUGAUUGUGGAGGACGUUCCGGAAGGAGAAGAGGAUGAAUCCAGCGAAGGCCGAGUGUCAGCCUUCAGACGCUUGGAAGGCGAGGAAACCCGGGUGUCGGCCUUCGACAGGCUCGACCGCGGACCGGAUGGUCGCAUGGGCGACCUCCGCCGACAAAUAACCGAAGGUAGGCGGAGGCAUGCUGAGGAGUCCGCAACAUCGGAUGCCCGCUCGGCGAGGCCCGAGCGGAGCGGAGAGAGGCGGGACGAGCGCACCCAGCGACGCCAUAGCCCGACAGCUCCCUACAGCCAGCCUAUCUUGCGGACGGUGACCCUGUUCACUCCGAGGGUCAUGUCGAUUCCACUACCGGCAAACUUUCGGCCGUGGCAGAUCAAGGCCUACAACGGAACGACGGACCCCCAAGAUCAUUUGUCCAAGUUCUACGCUUCUAUGGAAGCGGCGGCAGCCCCGGACGAGGUCAAGUGCCGAUGCUUUCUCGCGACGCUGGAGGGCUCCGCGUGCGACUGGUUCAACCGGCUCCCGAUGGGAACCAUUGACGAUUGGGAUACGCUGGCGGAGAAGUUCUUGACGCAUUUCGCGGCCAAUCGAAGGCAGAGGCUACCUUACUCCCACCUGCUCAACAUAUGCAUCCGCAAGGGAGAAAAGGUCCGCGACUUCAUAGUCCGGUGGGAGAAGGAAGCCAGAGACGUGCAUGGGGCGGAUGACCAAGCGUUGGUUGCCAUGUUCCAAGCAGCCCUUCCCCGCGGAGAGGUGAGGAAGGAGCUCCGCAAGAAUCCUCCCCCCACGUACCAAGAGACCUUGGCGCGCGCGAAGUUCUUAGCCUCGGAGGAGUUCGACGACGCCCCAGACUCUGAGGCCGCGCCGGCCAAGCGAGCUCCACUGGACUCGGGAGAGACCGCGAAGAAGAGGAAGAAGAAGAAAGACUAUACCGCGGGCCCGAGGACGCCCUCGGCCGGAGUGUACUCCGUGGGCGCCCCCGUGGGGACGGGUCGAGAGCUUGCCCUCUCCCCGCUCCCUCACGCAGAGGCUUACGCGGUGACCAGCGGAGCCAAGUAUUGCGAGUACCAUCGUAACAACACUCAUAACACGAAGGAAUGCUUCACUCUUCAGAAGGAAAUGCAGCGACUCAUCGCCCGAGGGCCACCUCCGCGAGACGAUGCCGCUACCCCCUCUUGGGGGCCGCCGGAAGGAAGAACUUGGAGGAAGCCGACUGAGCCAGUCGCAGUGGCGGCACAUGCAAGGAACCCCGAGAAGAGGCACAUUGGGCGGGAGUGCGACGAUCUAGACGAAGACGAAGCCCAAGGAUAUCCGGUGGGAUUUAUCCAUGGGGGAAACAUUGGAGGGGACUCCGUCGCUCAAAGGAAGAGGUGGAAGCACAUGGCCUUUGUCGCCAAGGUCCAUCAAGCGCCGGUGCCCAAGCUCGGAAGACGAGAGCAGAUCCAAUUCACGGAGAAGGAUCUUCCGAACACGCCAAGCCCCCACUGGGAUGCCUUAGUCGUGAAGAUGGAGAUUAACAAUGCCAUAGUUCACCGCACCUUAGUGGACACGGGAAGCUCAGUUAACAUAAUGUAUGAGAAGACUUUCCAAGACCUCGGCUUGGAUCGCAAAGACUUGAAGCCUAUGCGCACUCCCCUCUCCGGGUUCACGGGGGACUCCAUCGAGGCCGAAAGAGUCAUCACCGUGCCCGUAAUAAUAGGGGAUGGUGCGCACAAGGCCAGGUUGAAGAUGGAGUUCAUGGCUGUGAGCAUCAAUUGCGUGCACAACAUGAUCCUGGGACGGCCCGGCCUUGAGGACUUGGAAUGUGUGAUCUCCCCGUACUACUUGUGCAUGAAGUUCCCCACCCCGUCCGGGAUCGGGGUGGCGAGGGGAGACCAGAGGUUAGCCCGGUCGUGCUACGUCCGGAUCACAAAGAAGUUGCCAAGAGAUGAGACACUGGUCGUGAACGCGCAGGAGGAAAUGCGCAAGAUGGAAGCACGGCCGAAGGCCGAGCCCGCCGAGGGAGUCGAGGAAGUGCCGCUCGACCCGCGGGCACCCGAGCGGAGGGUUAAAAUUGGGGCGAGCCUAAUGGGGAGCCAGCGGAAACGCUUGGUGGACGUGCUCGCCGCCUACCGUGUGAUCUUCGCGUGGGGGCCAGGAGACAUGCCGGGUGUGGACCCCAAGAUCAUAUGUCACCGCCUAGCAGUCAAUCCGGAGUCUAGGCCGGUGCUCUCCCAGCAGCCCAUAGGUGCGCUGCUCAGGAGCCCGAACGCGCCCUCCCGCAUGUCCAAGUGGGCGGUGUUCCUUGGAGCCUUCCAAAUCGAGUUCAAGCCAAGACCGGCGAUCAAGGGACAAGCGCUGGCCGACUUCGUGGUAGAGUGCACCGCUCGAGAAGAGCCGAGCCCGGCACUUGAAACCGAUGAUUGGUGGACAGUUUUUACCGACGGCUCCUCCGCCGCCAAAAACUCGGGGGGUGGAGUGGUGGUCAUCGCUCCCGAAGGCUUCAGGGCAUACUACUCGGUUCGAUUCGGCUUCAAGGCAUCGAAUAAUGAGGCGCAGUAUGAAGCGCUCUUGUGCGGGCUACGCUUAGCAGCCGGGAUGAACGCGACAAAGCUAAGGAUAAAGUGCGAUUCGAAGCUGGUGGUUGGCCAUGUCUCAGGAGAGUUCGAGGCGAAGGACGAAAGAAUGAAGAAAUACAGAGAUACGGCUUUGGAACUCCUUAAGAGCUUCACCGCGUAUAGUGUCGAGCAGAUCCCUCGGGCGGAGAAUGCCGAGGCAGACAUCUUGUCAAAGCUGAGCUCAGACACGCCCGAGCACAUUAGACGGAUGGCGAACGUGGAAGAGUUGUCCAAGCCAAGCAUUCAGGCCUUCCCCGUGGCGAUGAUCUGUGAUAGGCCCAGAGAUUGGACGGACGACAUAGUUGCCUUCCUGAAGGAUGGCGUCCUCCCGGACGAUGCAGUGAAAGCCAAGUUGGUCCGAACAAGGGCACCGGGGCAUCUGCUCCGCCCACCAAGGAGCGUACGCGGUGUCAAGGAAGAUAACCCUCCAAGGAUACUUUUGGCCCGCGAUUGUGAAGGAUUGCGCGGAGUUUGUGAGGAAAUGCAAGGUUUGCCAAGAGUUCCAGAAGGUACCAGGGAGGCCUUCAACAAACUAUACCCCCAUCAGCACAGUUAUUCCGUUCGCACGAUGGGGGUGGACCUCGUGGGCGCGCUCCCUAGGGGUACCGGGAGCGUGAGGUACGUCAUCGUAGCCAUUGACUAUUUUACUAAGUGGGUGGAAGCAGCCCCACUGGCAAGCAUCACCGGAGCUCAAUGCCAGAAGUUUCUCGCGAAGCAAGUCAUUUGCCGCUUCGGCGUUCCCGAGCACAUAAUCACAGACAAUGGGACACAAUUCGAGUCAAAGCCGUUCAACGCCUUCCUCGAGAGUUGGGGGAUCAAGCACAACUAUGCGUCGGUCGGGUACCCUCAAACAAAUGGUCAGGUCGAGAACGCCAACCGAACGAUAAUUGAUGGUCUGAAGCGGAAAUUGGAAGCUUGUGGAGGGGAGUGGACAGAGGAGUUGCCCUACAUCCUAUGGACCUACCGGACCACGCCUAGGAGGGCGAACGGGGAAACCCCCUUCGCCUUGUGCUACGGAUUCGAGGCGAGGGCUCCUGCAGAGAUCUCCAUCGCUACUCACCGAGAGGAAAUCUUCGACCCUGAGCGUAACGAAGAAGCCCUGGCAGCCGAGCUUCAUCUUGUACACGAGAGGCGAGAAGCGGCCUUCAUACGGGCUGAAAAUUACCGAAGGAAGGUGAAGAGCUACCAUGACGGGCGCGUGCACGCACGGGGGUUCACCGAAGGAGACUGGGUGCUGCGCAAGAGGUCCGUAAGCCGCCCCCUAGAAGGUGGAAAAUUUGCCAAGUAUUACGAAGGCCCCUACAUCAUCAAAGAAGUGGUAGGCCCCUCGAUGUUCCGCCUGUAGACGCCGAGUGGAGGAGAUGUGCCCAGGACUUGGAAUGCCGAGAAUUUGAUUAAGUUUUAUCAAUUGAAAUGUACACGGGCCCGAAAAUGGGAACCCGCAACACCAUGAUUGAAUUCAAUGAAAUGGAAUUUUGUUU